AUCAAUCGAAAAUGAAGUUCAUUCUGGCUCUUGUUUGCCUCGUGCUUUAUGUGUCUCUCACCUGUGCGCGGGAAAGCUGCCAAGGACGUCCUAGACUUCGUCAGAAUUGCGUCGAUGCCAGGGAUGAAGGACACUUCAGGCAAAGGUCAUGCCGGAGGAACGCCAAUGCAAACAUGUGGCACUACGACAGGCGAUCCAGGACAUGCAAAAAGAUGCCUUUCCACGGAUGUGGCGGAAACCGAAACCGGUUCUGUUCCUUGGCGCACUGCAGACGCAAGUGUGCACGCGGUUAAAAAUUCAAGCCGACCUUGAUCUGAUCCUAUGCCGAAAUAACACAAUAUCUUCAUGUAUAUUUUACCAAAUA